CUCUCCCCCUGUCCACCGCCUCUCUCUUUCCCCUUCUCCCCGAUCCAGAUCCAACCCAAGCACCCCGUCCUCCGCCGCUGCCCCGUCCCCUACCAUGCGCCACCCACCUCCGCUCGCUCGCGCCCCUGCUCGCGCUGCUCCCCGACGGAGCCUCUUCUCCUCGCUGUUAGUUUCCCGCAGUCUCAUCCAAUCCCCCCUCGCCGCGCAAUGGCCACCGCGCCGGUGGUGUGCCCCUUCCCCAUGCUCCCCUCGCCCUCCUCCUCCCUCAGCACGUCACGCGCCGUCUUCACUCCGCGCGGGCCCUCCGCCAGCGGCGGCCGCCUCGCCGCACGAGCAGCAGAGCGCUAGGGGAGCGGCGGGCGUGGGGAAGAGGAGGCAGCGGCAGGAGGAGGAGAAGGUCGAGGCCGACGCGGAGGAUCUCGAGCGGCAGAGGAAGGAGGAGGUGAACCGCAAGAUCGCCUCCCGGAAGGCGCUCUCCAUCAUCCUCCGGCGCGAGGCCACCAAGGCCGUUCUCGACAAGCGCGAGCCCGGCAAGGGCACCCGCCGCCUCCUCCCCCGCAUCGUCCUCGAGGCCCUCCACGACCAUGUCAUCGUGCUCCGCUGGGAGUCCGCCCUCAAGGUGUUCGAGCUAAUGCGGGACCAGGUGUUCCGAAGUGUGCAUCCUCCGCGCCCCUCGCCCAGAUCUGCUUGCUGUGUGUGCAUCCAAGUGUGGAAUUCCUCUGUUUUUCACUGUAUAUCCUCAAUUUCUAUUACAAUGUAAAAUGCUUAGGAAUCCAAUGAUAGACGUGUAAAUGACUUGCAUAGUGUGUGCUUGCGGUUGCAAAGGAUGCCUUUUAAGGGUUUCCUGCCCCGAGGGACCCAGACAUGGUUGCCCUUCUCUCAUAAUCCCGAUGGGCUCAAUUGCUUCUGUAGUUCAUGAGUUUGAUUGUUGUACCACUGAGCAAACAUGCAGAUGUUUGCUAUUAUUUCUGUUCAGAUAGCCGACUAUGGAUGUUCAACAUUGUGCUUCCUUA